CCGCCAGUGAUUGCGCAUACGUUAAGUGAGAUUCGCAACAUUGUACGCAACAAAUAGCUUAAAGUGUGGAACGUGUUGAGGAGAAUUAAAGUUUUUGUGCUCCUACUGCGUGAAACGGAUGAGUCAUGCCGCGGAAUCGAAUGCCGUAUGAUGAGAGACUGUAUUAGUUGGUUUGUCAUUGUGAAAUUGACAUCAAGAGACUGCCUUCCGCAAUCAACGCUUUGAUCUCGAAAAGCACAUGCUCUGGUAUUUCUGGAACUCCGUGGCAGUUUGUACUGGUUGGGGAUGGAGCGAACCUGUAUAAUUCUCAUUACAACACCAUAGCACUGGCUGCAAAUUCCACUUUCUUGGUCACCUGCUUGGCUUGGAUUGAUGUUCAUCCUUGAAUCCUACUCGAUCCUUGACUAUCCUCCACCUAGCUAGGUUGAGUUGACGGCGACGGAGGGAAAAUGUUACAAGCAACGUCAUCGUUACCUCAAAAUCAAUCGCUUGAUCUUCUGAAGCAAGCCAUCUUCUGGCGUUUAAGCUUAGCUGUUUUGGGGAUAUCAAUCAAUCGGCAUAUAUGCGAAGAAACUAGAAAAACUAGAGUCAUCGUAAAAGCACGAAAGAUUCGAAGCAACAAAUGGCGACUCCAGGUUCAUCCAGACGCUCUGGUGGCAACAAGAAGGAGCAUCAAGAUUCUGCCAACACCAAAAGCAAUCUAUCAGGCCUGAAACAUGCACUUCAUGGGACGUCGUAUCAAUUGAAGCUGGGGAUCGUUGUUUCCCUGGCGAAUGCCAAGCAGGCUUUGGUUUCAGCCGAAAAAUUCAGCUAUACAAUUACGGCAGAGGAUCCUACAGCCGGAAAGUUCGAUGAUAUUAUAUAUGCUUUUCAACAUGGCAACAUAACCGGAACUCUGAAGAUUCAAUCAAAACACAAGCUGAGUCUACCUUCCUGUAAGAGUGAAGUUCAAGGUGGAAUCACAUCAGCUACAGAGAUUAAAGAGAAGCACAACCAGGAAUCAUCGAUUCCCAAAAUUACACUGAAUGACCUCAUCGCAGACUCCAAAAAUGAUUUUUUUAUCCAGCAAUACUUAAAGUCAUUUUGUGAUCAACAACAACAACAACAGCAACAACAACAACAACAGCAACAACAACAGGCGAUCAAAAAUGACGUGGAAGGAUUGAUCAUUUGCACCAACGCAGAUUUAGAUGACGACGCAAAAGUAAUGUGGAACGAAAUAGAUGCAGCUGUCCUGAGCGACUCAACGACUUCUUUGGAUUCCUACAUUUCAUCGUUAUUCGAAAAGACGGGAGGUAAAUGCUAUCAACUCAAAAGUUAUUAUAAACGUGCCGCUUUAGCCAGACUGUUGAUCAAAGCCAUUAAAUCAAAGGAAGAAAUGGUAACAUGGCAAAGACCUCUAUUCAAAGAGUAUCGUGCGGCCAUUCUGGACAUAAUUGAUAAGGAUAGUAUUUCAGAUAAUAUUCCGUCAUUUAAGUUUACAGAUGAUUUUUUGGAUCCUACCUAUUCUAACUCAAAACCAGGGUAUGAAGCAUUUAGAAAAGAGUUCAAAGAGCAACUCCAAAAAGAACUUGAGUUAAAUGAAACUACAUGGGAGCUUUUUAAAGCAAAUAUUCGAAUACAUGUAGCGGAAAACUUUUUCUUGGAUGAAAAGAAUCCAUUCCUGUCAUCUCAUAUUUUUCCAGAUGAGAAUGAUGGUAAAUUUUUCACAUCCUUCUGCGAUCGAUUUCGAUUGGUGUGUGGCACGUGCAAUGAGCAAGAAUUAGAAAACGCAAUUAUUAAAGUUUUGAGGAAUUUGCAUUUUGACGAUAAUCACUUGGUUCCUGAGCCACUCCACGUACAUAAUGAGGAGAGUAUCGUUCUCGAAAGAUUAUUUAAAGCUAAUUUUGAUUGGCUGUCGGAUUCCUUUGCCAAACCCUUACAUUCAGACAAUAUUAAAAAAGGGCUCGAGAAUAUUUUAAGUACAUUAGCUUAUAUGAAGAUAGAACCUAUCUCUGAUAAACUCCGCAAGCAAGUGUUGGGGUCGCCAUUUCGAAUUCGGCACGAAAUUAUCAAAGCUUCUGACAUAUACAGACAAGUUGGAACUAAAAGCCUUCUUGCUAUUGAGGCAGUCGAUAUCCAAUUUGGUAUCACGGUGCUAUUGGACACAUUAGAUUGCCACAGAAAAAAUCAUACUACUACACUGUUUCUCACUUAUUCGGAUUUCAUCUCGAAUUCAGACACUGUAAAAGCAGUAGUUCGUUGUGUCGGAUCCCCGUCCACUUUGGUCAUUAUCUGCUACGAAGCAUUUGAAACGGUUCAGAAUAUCGUACAAAAAUGGGAAAGAGAUAUGGCAAAGGAUCCUGCAAAACAUAUUUUUAUUAUCAGGAAAACGUGUAACAUCGCAUCCGAUCUUACUGGCUUUCGUAUUUGUGACUUAACAAAAGAUUCAUGGAAUCAGUUUCGAAAUGAAGAAAUUUCUUUGUGCACUACAACAAUUUCUCCGUCCAAGAUUUUCCAGAACAAUUUCCAAUAUCUUCCAAUCGAACAAGUUAUUAAACUGUUAGAUUGGGGAAUGCAAAUGGAAGAGAACAACGAAAUUUUCAAAAAAUAUCGGGAAAUCGAAAGCACUUAUGUUCAUCGUCCUUGGGUUGACGAGGAAUGCAAACUUGAAGCAGAAAACAUAUGUUGGAAUGAAGAGUUCCCAGUACUGAAAGCAAAACUGGAAGAAAUGAGCUUGGAUGAAAUAACAAAUUGGUUAAAGACUGACCGGAAUUUCGAUGCAAUAUUCGGAAACACAAAUAAUCCAGAGGAAGAGUAUAAACCAAUAAUUGGCGACGAAUGUAAAAAGGUCCUGAUAUUGUUGGGAGAAGCGGGACACGGAAAGUCAACCAAUCUCACAUGGUUUGCUUGGCAUUUGCGAAAACAAAAUCCUUCAUGCUGGGUUGUUCGAUGUAACUUAUCUGAUCAUUGUUCCGAAUUUAAACCAUUUCUAGAGGGCCAAAAUAAUGGGACUGGAAAAGUUAUCGAUGAAACGGCAGCUUUAAAAAUGUUGUAUAAGCUGCUUCGUUCAUCGCAUCAACUAGAACCGGGAAUGGCUGAGAAAUGUUCCAAAUGCUUGACUCUUGUGGAUGGAGAAGCAAUUUUGAACGAAGAUCUGAUGAAAAAUCACGGUCUAUGCUUAAACAACUCUAUCCAACUGCUGGUUUUCAAAGAAAAGUUUAAUGCCGGGGAAUUUUUGUUACUUUUGGAUGGGUUCGAUGAAAUCGCUCCUAAUUACAAGGAGGUGGUUUUAAAGUUCCUCUCUCUGUUUGAACAAUUUAAAGGAGUAAGGAAAAUGUAUAUCUCCAGCCGUCCAUACGGUUUCAAAGAACAAUUCGAAAGGACAUGCAAAGAUUCUUCGUUUUUCAAAUUGAAUCCUCUGUCGCUAAAAGAUAAAGGUUCUAUGCUGUUUAAGAUCAUGAAGGUAAAAUGGCAUAAUUGGAAUAUUGACAAUGGAAAGUUAUCUGAUUUCUAUAAAUCGUUGUGUUUAAUGCUACUUUGUAGUUUGGGUGGUAUGAGUGAUGUCGCAUUAAACCUGAUGAUGGCAGUCGACAUUCUUGAGGAUAGUCUUUAUCAUGAUGAACAUAUAAAGUUAGAGUUUUAUUCUAGAACGGUCAAGAUAAAACUGCUUCAAAUAGUCUUAAAAUUAUCAAAGGCAUCGUUUACUAUAGAAGAGUUUGUGAAAGUCAAGAUCCGACAUCGUUUAUAUGACAAAAAUGGGGGAGAUAAAAAUGUAGCAAACAAACCAGAAGAAAUGGAAAGAUUUGAGAAAGCCAUAGAUAAAGUGAAACUGAUCCAUGGGUUGCUGGCACUCUGGGUGUUGUUCAACGAGAAUGAGCUGCAUAGUAUCUUAUCGACGAAUGAGAAGCGUCUGGCAAAGGAUUACAUAAAGAAAAUACAUGAAGGCAGUGAAAAAACUGGAAUAAUUCAUGGAAUGCAGAAUGGGGAUCCAAUGUUUAUUCAUCGCACAUUCGCUGAGUACUUGGCUGCCUGGUGGUUUGUAAAGCGUCGAAUAGAAGGGAAUCAACAAGACAAGGAAAAGAUAUCAUGUGUAGGGCCGUUCUGGAAGCGUAAAGAGCUGCGAGAGCAUAUUGAAAUAAUUCUUGCUAAACGCCUUCCGCUACAUCUGGCUAUUAUUGGGAGAGAUUGGCCAGUAGUAGAAUCUUUACUUUCAACAGAUCCAAAGUCGAUCUAUGAGAGAGAUGAUGCAAAUAGAACUCCAUUGCAUCUAAUUGCAUUAUAUUAUGAUUUUGCAGCAGAAUGGGCAAGCUUUUUACCAGAUUGCAUCGAAUCCAACAUAAUAAACACGAAGGAGAAGUUACUCGGUUGGACCGCUUUGGAUUACGCGUUCGAUAAGGGCAAAGCGAGGUUUAUAUUUUAUCUUUUGCAUCAAGGAGCCACAAUAAAUGUAAAUGUACUUUACAAACAGGUAAUUUCACCUAAUGGCUAUGUAGUUGGUAAAGCUGAUAGUUAUCCUAAAUAUGUGAUGGAAUAUUUAAGCCGUCAGGUGAUCGCGUACAAAUCACAUAAUGCCUACAAAAUGAUAAAACAAUUUUGUUAUAAAGUGGUGAGUCACUUUGCAAGGGAGACAUCCAACUGGAUGUUCUGGAAAACAAUGUUUCAAUUGAGAUUCAAUCGCAGGGGCCUUUCCAUUGCGUAUGACGUUAUCAAAUAUGAAAAAAUUUGGUUGGAGGACAAAAAAUUUCCGGUGAUAACAAAGCGCUGGAGGAGCAUGACAAAUUCGAUGGCUUUUGCUUAUAGUAUAACAAGCAACUCUUUUUUAAUGGUUAGAUACGUUAUGGAAAAAGAUCCAUCCAGUUUAAACGACGAACAACUAUGGCGAUACGCUGUAUAUGCUGCACUAAAUGAUUACAAAAUUGAAUUCAAGUAUUUUUUUGAUCUUUACUGUUUUCGAUUGAAAAUUAUAGAUCAUCAUUCAUGUUCAAUUGGAAGUGAUAAACCUUGUUAUCUUCUUGAUUAUCUUAAGUUGGAUACAGUACGGACAAUUUUCACAAUCAUGAAGAACAUGUUUUGGGAAGAAUUGAGAGAAUUAGCUGGAAUAUUGAUUCACGAACACAUACUCUCGUUGUUGGUCAUAUGUGUGGCAACGGUAAGACCAUCUAUGCUUAGGUAUAUGAUAGGGUCAUGUAAUUUGAAUAUUUCAAAUAAAACUAUCUUUUGUCUAGCAAUGAUAACUGAUGAUUUAUUUUUGAAAAUAGGACGCGUGGGAGCAAUAAAACCAAGCAAGGCAUAUGAGUUUCUGUUCGACCUGGCAACAAAUAUAAGCGACGGCGAAGCGAAUAAAAUACUUCGUCUUGCCAUAACAUCCAAUUGCUUCCAAUUAUCAAAAUAUCUGAUAGAACGAUAUCAAAUCAUCUUCCAGACUCUCGAUGAAUUAAAUGGUUGGAAUAUUUUUCAUUUUUGUGCUUCCAAUCAACGCUCAUUCUGGGAUGAAGAAAUUACCCAUGGUGAUUACGAUUCUUCUCAUGUUGAUGGUAAUAAAACUGAUUUGUUUCGCUAUAUGCUAGCAAAAGCAAACGAAAUGGAUUGUUUUGAAAAUUUCGAUAAGAAAGGAAGAAGCAUUCUCCACCUCGCAAUGAAAAACGAACAGAAAGGUGUAGCAGAACUCAUUGUGGCUCGAAAAUUGGGAGUUGGUGAUUUAAAAGAAAUCAAAAACCUGAGCGUUGAUGCCAUACCAAACAUCACAUUUUGUUACCAUGCGAUUCGCGAGAUAUCGAAAUCUGUUGCAGAGAAAAGGUGGCAAGAAGUACUUUGUGUGUUAGUCAAACAAAUAGUUAAAAUUUCAUUAACCAUCGAUGACCCAUCAAAACAGCGAGAUAAAAGCCGCUUGUUACUCCAAGAGAAUGUCAAAGAGUUGUACGAAAUCGCAAUGAACCGCAAAUCCCUAUUCCUAAUGUACUAUUUGUAUCGUGAGUUCCCUACCGCGAUGCCACCAUCGAUUUAUGAUGAAGAUUGGUUGGCAUGUACAGUAAGGAGCAUUUAUUCACCUGACUUCCUUCCUGUCACCAAAUGGCUGCUCAAUCCAAAAGAGGUGGAUCAGCAUGACAAUUUGUACGAAAUUGUUGAAAAAUGUGACGCCGAAGGAUAUGAUACCACUUCAGCAGAUUUAAAGGAAUUGGUCAAGCAGGUUGAAAUGAUUCUAUCGGUCAACCGGACGGUAGAAGAGCUGUGUAAAUUGAAACUCUUGGCCCUAGCUGUAUGCUUAAAAUGUGAAUCAAUGAUAAGGCAUUUGUGUGAAACAUUAAAUGUAAACAUUGAUUGGAAAGUUCUUAUCGAAAUUAUGGAAAUUGCACAUCAGUCACAUGUUUAUGCACCGGGAACAAGAAUCGCAGAUGGAUGUGCUUUCGAAAAGUCUGAUUUUGAUACAAUUUACAGAUAUCUGUUUGAACGACUCUCCAAUCUUGCUGAAAUAGAUGCCGAUGGUGGAAAUGUGUUACAUCUUGCGACACAAAAUGGGCUCGGCUGCAUGGCCAAGUUCUUGAUCAAACACAACAUGGUCAAUGUCAUGAGCACCAAUGAGCAAAAUGGAUGGAAUAUCUUCAACUAUUAUGCUUCAAGCAGCAGAUGGAAAUGUUGCGCGACUGAAAAUGAUCAGUUACUAUCUUGCAUAAUUAAACGGGUGCUUGAGGUCACAUCCGAUAACUUUCCGCUCUCGUCGUUGACGGAAAGUCACAAGAAUAAAAUCAAAGAACUGUGCUUCAACAAAAACGAAGGAAGUGUAAUCCAUGUUGCUGUUGAAGCUUGUAAAAUAGAAAUGGCAGAAUACAUCAUAAGUUGCCGUUUUGGAAUAAUCAUAGACAAACGUGAAAUAAUGAAUUCAGUCGAGCGCUCGCGCUACCGAGAAUGUCAUGAUGAGCUUAUUCAAAUAGCAGCACAACUUCCAUUCAAUGCAGAAUAUGAUUACCUUUUACAUAGAUUAGCGAACGCCAUCUCACCAGAAAACAUUGAACAUAUAACGGAACAAGGGAAUGUAGAAGACCAUAUCUUUGAAAAUACCUACCGAACAGCAAUAAUUUAUAGAUCUGUUUCAACACUAGAACAUCUAAUAACCGCAUGUGAGGAUCAGAUGAACCAAGCAUUGGCUAAAAGCACUGACAUUGAAUUGAUUGCCUGCAUGACGGAGUGUAUCAGACGAAACAGAAUGAGCAUGUUCAAAGUGCUCGUUGGUCAUUAUCGCAACCUAAAAGGCAUUCAACCAAGAGUGGAAGUUGAGUUUGAGAAUGAUGAAAAUGAUAAGACAAAUAAAACCAGGAUUGAUGAAAAGAAAAUGCAAUGGGCAAUCAUCAAUAAGUUGUCCGAGGAUGUGGCCAUGAAUCAGGACUAUCUAUCUCUGCUUAUCCUGUCAGUUACGUAUGGAAGGCUCUUGAUGGCACGAUUUUUGGUUGAAAUGCUUCAGCUAGAGAUCAAUAAAUCAUCGAUUCUAUUAAUUAUGAAAGUGUUGGAAAAACUCUGGGAUAAGAAUUGUGAGGCAGCAACGCCAGUAUAUGAAUAUCUCGCGAGCAGAUGUGAAGCAAACCCUAAAUUGUUGCAUCUUUGCAUACAAGCUGAGUGUUAUACUAUGCUCGAAUACCUCAUAAAAGAGAAAAAGCUUGACCCGAAUGAAGUUGACUCGGAGAAUGGAUGGAAUGUUGGUCACUAUUAUGCCUCAGAUCCGAAUGGGACGUCGGGUUACAAGGAAUUUAUUUGGUUGGUGGAAGAGUAUAAUAUGGACUGUUUCGGUGUUUACGAUCAAAAUGGUCGAACUAUUCUUUAUUUGGCAUUGGAAAAUGGUCGCGAUGAAAUAGUAAAAUUCAUCAUAAGGCACAGACUGGGCCUCAAAGAUCAUAACCAACCAUGGCAUGAGUUGGACUUGGAGAAAAUAGAAAAACACAUAAAUGAACUGCAAAAAAUCUUAGAAUCGCUUCCGGAAACCAUACCACAACAAAAACAACAAGUUCUAGAAGAUAUAUUAGAGAAAGUAAGAGAUCGAAAUAUUGCCCUAACAACAUAUAAGCAAUUGUUCACAAAUUAAUCAUAAUCAAGAAAGCAUUUUUUUUAUUUCUGUUAUCGUCUUUUUGAUCAAUAGGAUGUAGGAAAGUCAGACACCAUGUACAUGUAAUCGUAGAUUCAAGUAGAAUAGAAUAAAAAGUGAAUACAA